AUGGUAGUUGUAAUUGAUGGCAAAUUUACUAUCAAUUGGCCAGACCUGACUUGUGACAACGUGUCGAUGACGCUUAUUUUGGACAGAGCCCUUCUCGAGAUCGGCGACGACGCCCGCGAUGUCCAUUUCGAAGACGAGUCUUGUGUUGCAUACGUCCACGACAGUGAGCAUGUAGCGAUCACCACCACGUACGACAGAUGUGGUACUACGCAAGAGCAAGACGACGACUACAUAAUAUUUACCAACAUGGUGACGUACAAGCCCCGCCCUGAAAAUGGAACUAAUGAGCUCAUUACCAGAGAACAAUAUCUUCAUAUCCCUGUUACUUGCAACCUGGAGAGGACGCAGGCCUUGGAAGAGUCCUUCUUGCCUCAAGCAAAUCUUUAUGUUUUCGAAGAGGAAGGGUACGGCGAGUUCACCCUAAACCUUGACCGGUAUACAAACUCAGGCUUCUACCAACCUGCCAACGAUUCCGGCGAAGUUACACUCGGCGCCCCGCUAUACUUCAGCGUCGGCCUGACGUCCGUCACGAACCUCACGCUUCUCAUCGAGUCGUGCUGGGCAACUAGCUCGCCAAGCCCACGGGACGACCACCACUAUGAUAUCAUCGAGAAUGGAUGUGCCGUGGACAGCACAACAGUCAUCUACAAUUGGCUCUCUCCAACUUCCAAGGGAUUCAGUAUCGCUGCUUUCGCCUUCAUUGGCGAUUUCGACAAGGGUAAUCAUGGUUAUGGUGAUAAAUUUUCUGUUUCAUGGGCUUAG